UAUCUACGUCAAGUGGCCCAGGUUUGCCUUGGACCAGCCUUUAGUAAUGCUGCUAUAGGGUUAGACUGCUGGGGGACCUCCUAUGACACACUGAGCUCCUCUCUCUCUCCAUCUGUGUACAUUCAUGUCCCUAAUGCGUGUUAGCUUCUUCCUUGAAGUCCUUGUGCUUUCUCACCUUGCAGAUUUCCUCGGAUUAUGGUCGCACCUGGAUCGUGGCUGCAGCUGCUGCUGUGGUCCUGCUCAACACCCUGCACUGCUACUAUUAUUUUAUUUUAUUUUUAACAUUAUUUUUUGGGGCUUUUUUGGCCUUUAAUGGAUAGAACAGUUGAAGACAUAAGAGUGGGAGAUGGGGGGAUUACAUGCAGCAAAAGGCCUUGGGUCAGAAUCGAACCCAGGACUGAGCCUUAGUUAUGGGGCACACGCUCUACCAGCUCUGCAGUACCCAUCAGACAGCAGAAGGCGGCAGCACGGCGUCCCAAUCAGAUUGAGACACCAACCCCAACCCCACCAUUACAUCUGUCUGCAGCUGCUUCACUGCAGCUCCGACUCCAAAUAGGAAGCUGCCGCGCUGCUGUUGGGUUCCUCCCCAGGUAUACGAUGCACCUUCUGGUUCUGGUUCUCAUGUCGGCUGGGGGCACUGAAGGCAGGGGGGUGGGCGGCGGCUGUCCAGCUGUGUGCCGGUGUGAAAGCGGCGGGACGCUGCAGAGAGUGGACUGCGUGGAUGUCGGGCUGACAUCAGUUCCCUCCAACCUGAGCAGCUUCACCUCCUCUCUAGAUGUGAGUAUGAACGAGCUGUCGGAGCUUUCUGCCCACGUCUUCGAGAGCCUCCACCUCCUGCUCGAGCUCCGGCUGGCAGGAAACAGUUUGACGAAGAUCUCUAAAGAAGUUUUCAGAGGACUAAUCAGUCUAAAGCUGCUAAGUCUACAGAACAAUCAUCUGAAGAAGGUUCCGUCUGAAGCUUUACAGAACCUCAAGAACCUGCGUUCUCUACGUCUGGACGCUAACUUGCUGUCCCGUCUGCCGGCUGCCUCCUUCAGAGGCCUGCGGUCUCUCCGCCACCUGCGGCUGGAUGACAACGUCCUGACGGAGGUUCCCGUUCUGGCUCUCAGGGACCUGCCGGCGCUGCAGGCUCUGACUCUCGCCCUCAACGACAUCCGCCACGUCCCUGACGGAGCGUUCAGCUCCCUCGGACAGCUGCUGCUGCUAGAUCUGAGCUUCAACAGGAUCAGCAGUUUCCCUGCAGCCAUCAGACACCUGAACAACCUGAGAGAACUGAAUCUCCAGAACAACAACAUCUCAGUUGUCCCAGGAAACAGCUUCUCUGGAAAUCCUUCCAUCGAGGCGAUAAAUAUCCAGAAUAAUCCUCUUCACACUGUGGGACACUCGUCUUUCCAGCUAUUGCCAGACCUCCACACUCUGUCGCUGAGUGGAAGCAGCAUCACAGACUUCCCAGACUUCACUGGGACCAACAGACUGGAAACCCUCUCCAUCACAGGCAGCCACAUCUCCACCUUACCUGACAACAUGUGUGAGGAGCUGCCCCACCUGCAGAGGCUUGAUCUGUCCCACAACCUGAUCCAUAGUUUGCCCAGCUUCAGCAGCUGCAGAAAUAUACAAAACAUCGAUCUGUCCUCCAACCGCCUCUCCUCUGUCUCUGUGAUGAGUCUCACUCACCUGAAACAGUCUGGACACCUGCAGCUAAGAGUCUCCCACCAACGCCAGCACAGACUCAGGAAGUCCGAUCAGCUGUUCACAUUUACCUGUGUGUUUCUUCACUGUGAGUCUACCAGCUCUGAGGACAGCAACAGUCCGUCCACAUGUCGCCUGGACUCAUUGUCUCUCUGGCUCCUUCACUUCAUCUUCAUCGUCUCCAUCAUCUUCAACCUGCUGCUCCUGGUCUCCCUCCUCCACCUCGUCCUCCCCCUCCCACCUCCCAACACCUCCUCGCAGGCCUCUCUGCUGCCAGCAUCGUCAGCACAGACAGCAAGGACACUGAUCCAGGAUCUGGAGUCCCCAUCUUCCUCCUCUCUCUGUCCUCUUAGGUCUUCAUCUCAAUCAUGAUGGCGAACAGAACAAAGAGCUGCUCUCAGGUCAGCUGUGUGGUCGUCUGCAGCUUUGCUCUGACUCUUUUACUUCUAAGUGAAGGCUCCCCCGUGUGGUACAGAUAGGCCAUUGCAGAUAGAUGUGGCGGUUCUAUACAGAUGGGAGUGUUAGGGAAAAUAGCUACAAAGUAGAGAUGAAAUGCAAACAGAUGUUCCCCUUUGUCCUCAGUGACAGAAAUGCCCACAACACUUGUCCCAGCCUCAACUACAGAAGAACAAUGGACAUUGUUCCCUGCUGUCUUUUCUUAAAUUUUAGGGCCUAGUCACUUUAGAUUACUUUUAAAGAUGUUUUUUAACUCUUGUGUUGUCCUCGGGUCAAAUUUGACCCGUUUUCAAAGUUUUUUAUAUGUGAAAUAUGGGUUUCUUUCAA